UGUGUGUGUGUGUGUGUGUGUGUGUGUGCGUGUAUGCUGCUGCGGGACCAAAUGCGGAUCUUUUUGAACAUCUACCUCGCUUUAACUGUGGCAUGUCGGGAGUGUUUGAGGGAAACGGCCGACAAACUCCACCUCAUCGUCCGAGGACAGGCUGAACUUGUCCAGAUGAAACGACCUGAAUGCUGCACUUCUGCCGGACUGGGUCACUUCCGAACAAAAAUGCGUUUUGUAGUUAUGAGUGUUUUGCAGAGAUAAACGUGGACAUCCAUCUGAGAUUAAACACACUCGACCUUGGUAGCGAUGGAGAGCGCAGUUUUCCUGCCCUCUCUGCAUCAGUUCAUGCGGAGUCCUCUGGUCACCUGGGUAAAGACAUUUUUGCCAAAUGAUGGGGGAGUGCACUUGGACUUUUCAGAACUGCUGGAUGGAGUCUUUUUAAACGAGAUAAUGACCCAAAUAUAUCCUUCAUCGGCACAUCAGCAUGCUAACAAAGUCUGCAGGGAUCCAAGUCAGAGGAUCCACAACCUAAAUCGUCUUGUUCAACAAAUCAAGACAUAUUAUCUGGAUAAUCUGAGACAAUUAAUCAUGAUUCCUUUGCCAGACGUGCUGCUGCUUGGCAAGAAUCCUUACUGUGAACAAAGUCUGGAUGAAAUGAAGAAGCUUUUGCUGUUACUGUUGGGUUGUGCAGUCCAGUGUGAGAAGAAGGAGGACUACAUCGAGAGGAUACAGACGCUUGAUUUUGACACAAAGGCUGCAAUAGCUGUACACAUUCAAGAGCUGACCCACAGUCCAGAGAAUGUGCUGGAUCUGCAGCAGUUGGAGUCAACUGACAUGCACCCAGAGGAGAUGGAGGCCGCUGUGAGAAGCAUGGCCACACACCUUCGACAUUUGCUGGACCAGAAGGAUACCCUUCUUGAGUCUAUAGCAGAGCUAAUGCAGGAGAAGGAAGGAGCUGAUAGCUUGUGCAGUAGCCCCUCUACUCCACCGUCCGCCCAGCAGCAACAGGUGGGGACCCAGCAGCACAUGGUGGUGGAGCUUGCAGACUCCAAGGCAAAGAUUAGACGACUUAGACAAGAACUAGAGGAGAAGAGUGAACUGAUAGUCGACUGCAGACAUGAGACAGAAAACAUGGAAGCAGAGCUAAAGAGGAUCCAGCAGGAGAACUCGCAGCUGCAUAUAGAUGCUCGCGCUGCCCGCACCUACCGGGACGAGCUGGAUGCCCUGAGAGAGAGAGCUAUCAAGGCGGACAAACUGGAGAGCGAAGUCGGACGCUACAGGGAGCAACUGCACAAGAUGGAGUUUUACAAGACCAAAAUUGAGGAGCUAAAGGAGGAUAAUAGGGUCCUCCAAGAGACCAAAGAGGUGCUGGAAGAUCAGCUGGAAGGUUGGAGGGCACGCACAGAUAAGAUCCACCAGCUGGAGAAGCACAGUCUGCUGCUGAAGGCCCAGCUGCACGACAUGGAGCAGGAAAGAGAGGCAGACCGGAGGCGCAUCGAGGAGUUGCAGGAGGAAAACCUGGCCUUGUCUGUGGCACAGAGGAGGAGCAUGGAGGAAUCCCAGCAUCUGGGCUGGGAACUAGAACAGCUCUCCAUGACCACAGAAAACUCACAAGGGCAGCAAACUCUAAGCGAAGAGGUAACUGAAAGAACUCAAAGUCGGAUGCUGAAGCUGGAGAAGGAGAACCAAACUCUUCUGAGGACCAUAGAGGAGCUCAGAGCUGCGUCUUCUAACGGCAGCACAAAAACCAAACAUCGCAUCAACAACUUUACCGCAUCAACGGGGGAAUCAUCAGGGCUGCAAACCUCCUGCUCAGUUCUAGAAACCCCCACAGAUGUACUGUCCCUCAGUACGCUGACACAACAGAUGGUAAAUGGAAACUCAAACUGCCAUCAGCAAGUCCAUGCUGAACACCCGGAGGGAGUCAAGAGUACGAUUCUGCAUACGCGUCAUAGAGACUGUCAUAAGCAGGAGGACGGAGAGCUGGAGGAUCAAUGCAGUGGAGAACAUUUCAAUAAAAUGAAGCUGGAUCUGGAAGUCUUAGAAAAUAACCACAACAGGGUCCAUUGCUUGGUUGGAUCACGUUAUCACUCCUCUGGUUCAAAGAGCAGAAGUCCUUGCCAUGAUAGCGUCUUCACAGGUGCGCCGACAUCGUCUUCUUAUUCCAGUAAGCACUCCCAACGACUGGAAGCCAAGUGCAAGGCUCUUGACACAGUUAACCAGCAACUACAGGCUUCGCUUGAAAACACUGACCGAAAAGUUCAGCGUUUGGAAGCAGAGGUUCAGGAGCUGGAAGCUGAGAACCACUCUCUGCAGAGCUCCGUAGAGGAACUGCGGAUCUCUGCCAAACGUCUGGAGCAGCUAGAGACGGAGAAGCAGAGACUGGAGCAUGAAAGUGCCACUCUGGAGAGAGACAAGAGGCAUCUAGAGAAGGAGAAUCGGCGGCUCCGACAGCAGGCCGAGAUUCAGGAAGUGAAUUUAGACAGCAGUAACGUGUGUAUGGCUACUUUAGAAAGAGAGAUGCGUCUUCUAGUGAAGGAAGUGGAGGGGUUAAGGGAAACUGCUGAAAGAGUGAAAAGCCUGGAGACAGAGAAUAGACAACUGGCCAAGCAAGCUGCUAUCGACCAGAGAACCCUGGCAGCCCUUAGAGAGGAGCUGGUGAGUGAGAAGUUGAAAACUCAGCAGAGAGACAAUGAACUGAAGAGGCUUGCCCAUGAGCUGGACAUGAAAUUCCUGAACCAGGAGAACAGGCAGCAGGCUGAACGAGAACCACCAGAAAAUAGGGUCAAGAUGCUCGAAUUGGAGUUGGAAGCAUCUCUUAAAAAGUCUCUGCAAAUUAAGAACGACAAGAUGGCUACGCUGCAGGCUCGCCUGGAGGAAUCCUCUUCUCUGAACCAGCAGCUGCGCCGAGAGCUGAUAGCUGUGAAGUUAAGCUAUGAGGCUUUGCAACAGCAGCAAGAGGAAGAGCAGCCAACUUCAAGCUUCAACCCUCCAACGGAGACCAGUAACGCCGUUACCGAGUGGCUGCGUGAAAGCCAGGAAGCUACCAAAGAACUGCUAAAGGUCAAAGACCACCUCAUUGAAGUCGAGAGGAAUAAUGCAACCCUGGAGGCAGAACGGCAGGCUAUGCAGGCCCAACUAAAACAGCUAGAGAGUCAGUCUGACAGCCAGCAGGCUCAAAUCCUUGCUCUGCAGAGGCAGGCCGCCUCGCUGCAGGAGAACAACACAGCCCUGCAGACACAAAAUGCUAAACUCCAGGUGGAGAAAUCUACACUGAAUUCCCAGAGUGCAUCGCUCAUGGCACAGAACGCUCAGCUGCAGCAGCAGCAGUCUGGUACAGAGAGCGAGCGGGACGGUGUCAUACGGGAACGCGAGGAGCUGCGUGGGGCUCACGAACAGCUCUUACGAGAUCACGAGCGGCUGGCAGUUCUGCACGAGCGGCAGGCCAUGGAAUACGAAUCCUUGAUGGGCAAACAUGGCUGUCUGAAGAAAGUCCACCGCACACUGGAAUUAGAGCAGCGCACCUUGCAGGACAGGAAUAACGGCUUGAUACAGCAGCGGACCAAGCUAGAAGACCUGGAGAAAACCCUUAAGGAGGAGCAAAUGAGGAUGGCUGUGGAGAGAGAACAGCACCGGACAACUGCUGCAGAAUGUUGCAGACUCCGCGAUGAGAAGGACUGGCUCAACCAGAUAUACCGUCAGCUUCUCAAUGACAACGAGGCCCUGACGUCAGACCACAAGCAGCUGAAGAGUCAGCUGAAUGAAACCAGGCUGGAACACACCUGGCUGGAGGCCGACUUCUCUGAGCUCAAAAAGGACUUUCAGCAGCUGGACAUCACCUCCACAAAACUCACCAACCAGUGUGAGUUGCUGAGCCAGUUGAAAGAAAAGCUGGAUGAGGAGAAUCACCACCUGCUCAGCCAGAUUGAGACCUUGAUGCUGCAGAACCGCACCUUGUUGGAGCAGAACAUGGAGAGCAAGGAUCUGUUUCAUGUUGAAGAACGACAGUAUAUUGACAAGCUUAAUGAUUUGAGGAGGCAGAAGGAGAAGCUGGAGGAAAAGAUCAUGGACCAGUACAAGUUCUAUGAGCCUUCGCCUACUCGCAGACGAGGUAACUGGAUAACCCUGAAGCUGAAAAAGCUGAUGAAACCCAGUGGCCGUAAGCAGGACUCUGAGUUUCACUCAGGCGCUGUCGAGCCCCGUCUUUCCGCUCACGACAGCGGCUCGUUCAUCAGUUUCGAGGGCUCUGGAGGCUCUGCCUCCACGUCAGCAGGUGACUCCAUCUCACACCAGCGAAACAGCAACAAGGAUUCAAAUGACAGCACUGUGCCAUCAGGUUGCGAGGACAACAACGAACUGCAGAAUCACGGGCUGAAUGGAGUCCAAAGCAGACCCCACAGUGAGAGCAGCGGUGAGUUCAAUCUGAGCCUUGAAAAUGAGCCAUGGUCCAACGGCAGCAGUCCUAUCCAGCAGCCCCCAUCACGACGCUCCUCCUCCUACCAACCACCCAGAGAUACUUCCACCCCCCAACGUAACUCAAAGUUGCAGCAGCACACGAUGAAGGCCUCAGGCGUGUUCAGUCCGGAUAGCCAGUCCGUACAAAAACGGACUCAGGAAACUUGGCUCACCAGAGGUACAAAAACUAUUCGAAAGGGGUCAAGAGGCAAGGUGGCACGUCGCUCAUCAGAUUUAGGAGGUUCUGGGGUUAAAGGAAUUACCUCAAAAGCUGAAAAUACUCAAGCCACUGUAUGUUCACCCAUUACAGUGCUGUACGUUCAAGGUAAGUCGUCCUCGAUGUCUGGUUGUCUCAACUGCUUCUCUACCCCUCUGAUGAAAGAGGGACGACUGAGAGGCUCCAAGUCCCCCAAAAGCCUUCCCCGUGCCAGUAGCGUUGCUUCCACAGCCGAGGGCUCAUCUCAACGCCCGAGCAGCAACUGCAAGGACACAGUCAGGAUUGAGCCUGUACAGGUUUCAGAGGAGAAGUGUACUCGGGAGGAAACUCUGAGUCCGAGUCAUAAGCCAGAGCCGGCGAGUAAGAACUGUGAGCCCGAUCCCAUUCCUCCUGUUAAACCUCCAAGAGAGCAAGCGGUGAUUGUUUUGGGAGAAAACCACAAAUGUCCCGUGCAGGAGUCUCUUCUUGGAUCUUCAUUUACUUUUAACUCUGUAUUCUCAAACACCAUUUUCAGUGAUUCCGUGGUCACCAUGACUAGUCUGAACAUGCUUAACGUCGACCAGACCUUCCUCUGUUCAAGUCCACAUGAAAGCCAGGAAUCGGCCGAAAACACAUCCCAAACCUUGUUCGGCUCAGAAAGCCAGCAGAAUCAAGAUGCAGAGCCUACAGCUGGCCUGGAAGGGACAGAGCCGCUGCUCACAAGCGCAUGAAAGCUGCUGCCGCAUCACUGUCACGUCUGGAAUAAAAAGCAGGUGUUUGUGAGGGCUGUUUUCAUCACGUCAACACAAGCACAUGCAACUGUAAUCAAAUGUGUUUGCACUUUUUCCACUGACUCCUGAGUGUCCAGCUAUUUAAAAUGUUAAAUGAAGAAUGAAUCACUUCUGAUAUGAUUUUACACUAGACAGUUUUUUGUUGUUGUUUUCUUAUUGCUUUGUUUUUUGAGGAAGGGUUAUUUACUGAUAUAUGCUGAUAUGUUUUACAUAAGAAGCUCCUCCUUUCUCUUUCAUCAGUUAGGUUGGUGCUUAUCACUCGUUUAUUUAGUUUUACUUUGACAAUCCUGUGUGAUAUAUCUAUUUGCCAAAACCCUUUGCUCACUUUUACAUUUUUCUAUUAGUGUCCCUCUUUUUACUCAUCCCGAACCUCUAACUUAUUAUCACCUUGUUUUGUGUGUUGUUUUGUGUUAACAUGUGAGAAAAAGUUUGUAUCUUGCGGGUCAGAAAUUCAACCUGAAGUCUAUUUUUCCUCCUAUCAAGAUUCUUUUUAAAUAAACUUUAUUACAAAAGCAAAGCUGCAAAUCAACUAAUUUCUUAAGGUAAUGCAAGAUUUAUAAAAAAAAAGGCCUAUUAUGCAAUAACAUCAAAUCAUUUAUUGCAAUAAAACAAUAGUUUGGGGAACGUAAUAAUAAAAGUCAAAUGAUUAAAAAGAAAAUGUA